AUGGCACUGAACACAUUUAGUGAUCUUGAAGACAAACUAGCUGUAUGGCUAGAUGAACUUCCAGAAGAUGUUGAGGCUCAGAAAGAUAACAAGAGACAGGAUGAUACUAUAGCAAAUCUACUGAAUGAGGUCAAGAACAUUACUUGUUCACAUUUAAAAUAUGAAGAUAUGACAGACUUAGAAUUAGAUGAUAACAUUAUGAAAAAGAUCUGGUGA